GUCAGCGCGGGACUUUCAAUUAUCGCCCCGCCCAAUCGGGAAAAGACUGUGCCUAUAAAGACUGCUGCCGCGGCCCGCACCCUCUCUAUCCCUCCGCCGCUGCGCUGGUAAGUUCUUUCCUUAGUUCGCUAUGGCCCGUACCAAGCAGACCGCCCGCAAGUCGACCGGGGGCAAAGCCCCGCGAAAGCAGCUGGCCACCAAGGCGGCUCGUAAGAGCGCGCCGGCCACGGGCGGCGUGAAGAAGCCCCACCGCUAUCGGCCCGGCACCGUGGCCCUGCGGGAGAUCCGGCGCUACCAGAAAUCUACUGAGCUGCUGAUCCGUAAGCUGCCGUUCCAGCGGCUCGUGCGCGAAAUCGCGCAGGACUUCAAGACGGACCUGCGCUUCCAGAGCUCGGCCGUCAUGGCGUUGCAGGAGGCCAGCGAGGCCUACUUGGUGGGGUUGUUUGAAGACACGAACCUGUGCGCCAUCCACGCCAAGCGCGUGACUAUCAUGCCCAAGGACAUCCAGCUGGCUCGGCGCAUCCGCGGGGAGCGGGCUUAGGUGCGCGUGCGCCCUUGGCUCGAGGUUCCAUCACAUCCAAAGGCUCUUUUCAGAGCCACCCAUGACAACACUCAGAAGCAGCUGUGCCACUUGUCCUCGGUGCCUUUUCGGGGGGUGGGGAGGACGAGCCGGGGAAGCAUCAGGCCCCCCAGCAGGGAAGAUAGGAAAGUCAGGCUGUGCACUCCCACCCCCACCCCCUGCGUGCCGGCCGCCUUCUGGGGUGUUCAUUUGAGCGCACAGUUCAGCCAGCCUACCUAGCUGAAUCACACGCCCUCGCGGUUCGGUGGUCAGGCUCUUCCGCGCCUUACGGUGCUUGACCGGCCACCCGGAAGGUGAACUGGCGCGGUGGAGGAGGAGGGGCGGCCGAGUCGAGAAUGGCCCGAGACCCGGAGACGCGGUCUUCCGCAGCCGACAGCGGCGAACUGAAUCCAGCCGCGCACCCGCCGGAAAUGGCUCCACCCUGCGUGGCUCCCGGGCCGUGGAGGGAAGAUGCCACUUCCUCGCCCGGUUCCUGCCCGGUAAGGGUCGGAAUUCCCGCACUUAGGCUGGCGACCGAGUGUCGGCGGGGCCCGUGUUUCCUGGGGCAGCGGGACAAUCGGCCGGUGCCACUACCCCUGAUCCCUGCCUUUCAUGCUAAAAAUCCCGCGCGCGCUGAGCGAGUUGUAUCGGCUCUGUUAGAGCACUGACUGGCAAUUUUUAGCGCCUAUUGCCCGGCCCUCUAUCCCGAUCUGUGUGUCCUUACAGCAACUGGGGGCCGGAACUACGCAUUUCCCUCACCUCUGUAUUUU